UCCACUGCUGUCACCUCCACAGCUGUCACCCCCACAGAUGUCACCUCCACUUCUUCUACGUCCACUGAUGUCACGUCCACUGCUGUCACCUCUACUGGUGUGACUUCCACUGCUGCCACUCCAACAGAUGUCACCUCUACUGCUGUCACCUCCACUGAUGUCACCUCCACAGGCAGCACUUCUGGCGUCACCUCCACCGCUGUCACUUCCACACUUGAAACCUCCACAGCUGUCACCUCUACUGGUGUGACUUCCACUGCUGUCACCCCCACAGACGUCACCUCCUCUCCAGUCACCUCCACUGCUGUCACCUCUACAGGCAGCACUUCUGGUGUCACCUCCACUGCAGCCACCUCCACAGAUGUCACCCCAACUGGUAUUAGCUCCACUGCUGUCACUUCCACUGGCAUCACCCCCACAGAUGUCACCUCCACAUUUGAGACCUCCACUGCUGUCUCCUCUACUGGUGUCACCCCCACGGAUGUCACCUCCACUGCUGUCACCUCUACUGGGGCCACUUCCACUGGCAUCACUGCCACGGAUGUCACCUCCACAGAUGUCACCCCCACAGAUGUCACCUCCUCUCCGGUCACCUCCACUGGCAUCACCAGCACUGCUGUAACCUCCACUGCUGUCACGUCUUCUGCUGUCACCUCCACUGGAGCCACCGCCAGUGAUGUCACCUCCACUGAUGUCACCUCCACUUCUUCUACCUCCACUGGCAUCACCUCAACAGGCAUCACUUCUGGUGUCACCCCCACAGAUGUCACCUCCACUGCUGUCACCUCUACUGGGGCAACUUCCUCUGGCAUCACUGCCACAGAUGUCACCUCCACAGAUGCCACCUCCACUUCUGCUACCUCCACUGCUGUCACCUCCUCUGGUGUCACCUCCACAGAUGUCACCCCAACUGCCAGCACCUCCACUGGCUUCACUUCUGGUGUCACCUCCUCUGGUGUCACCUCCACUGGAGCCACCUCCACAGAUGUCACCUCCACUGCUGUCACCCCCACGGCUGUCACUUCCACUGGAGCCACCUCCUCUCCAGUCACCUCCACUGGCGUCACCAGCACUGCUGUAACCUCCACUGCUGUCACGUCUUCUGGUGUCACCUCCACUGGAGCCACCCCCACAGAUGCCACCUCCACACUUGAAACCUCCACUGCCGUCACCUCUACUGGUGUGACUUCCACUGCUGCCACUCCAACAGAUGUCACCUCCUCUCCAGUCACCUCCACUGGCGUCACCAGCACUGCUGUAACCUCCACAGAUGUCACCACUUCUGGCGUCACUCCCACUGCCACCACCUCCACUGCUGUCACCCCCACAGAUGUCACCUCCACUUCUUCUACGUCCACUGAUGUCACGUCCACUGCUGUCACCUCUACUGGUGUGACUUCCACUGCUGCCACUCCAACAGAUGUCACCUCUACUGCUGUCACCUCCACUGCUGUCACCUCCACAGGCAGCACUUCUGGUGUCACCUCCACUGCAGCCACCUCCACAGAUGUCACCUCAACUGGUAUUAGCUCCACUGCUGUCACUUCCACUGGCAUCACCCCCACAGAUGUCACCUCCACAUUUGAGACCUCCACUGCUGUCUCUUCCACUGGCAUCACCCCCACUGAUGUCACCUCCACUGCUGUCACCUCCACUGGAGCCACCGCCAGUGAUGUCACCUCCACUGAUGUCACCUCCUCUUCUGCUACCUCCACUGCUGUCACCUCCACAGGCAUCACUUCUGGUGUCACCCCCACAGAUGUCACCUCCACUGCUGUCACCUCUACUGGGGCCACUACCUCUGGCAUCACUGCCACAGAUGUCACCUCCACAGAUGCCACCUCCACUUCUGCUACCUCCACUGCUGUCACCUCCUCUGGUGUCACCUCCACAGAUGUCACCCCAACCGCCAGCACCUCCACUGGCAUCACUUCUGGUGUCACCUCCUCUGGUGUCACCUCCACUGGAGCCACCUCCACAGAUGUCACCUCCACUGCUGUCACCUCCAGCACUGUCUCAUCUUCAUCUUCCCCAACCACCGCCACGACCACCACCAUGACCACGACCACCACAACCACCACCACAACCACAACCACCACCACCCCCACCGUCACCACCCCUCCAGGUGAGCCUUACCCCAAUGUCACCCUCACCCCCGUGUCACCCCCACCCCAAUCUCACCCCCACCCCAUCAUCACCCCCGUCCCCAUGCUCACCCUCACCCCAUU